CCGGAAACCGGAGUUCGAGGCGGCAAUUUGACUACAUAAAAUAAAAACGCUCGCCCAAGUUCACACACACACACACAACUAGGUGCAACUUGCUCUACCCACUUGGCUUGGUCUUUCCGUUCUUACGAUCUCUUCCUGCUAAAAUGCCCGCUCAAAAAUCUAAAUCGUCGGCCAGCAACGGUGCUGCUAAAAUUCACAGUGCCAAAGUGACACCUGACUCUACGGUUCCCUCGUCACCCGCUUUUUCUAAAACCGACCUUAGUGGGCCUAUGGUCACAGGCUCUGGAAAGCCAGACAAGGCUGCAUUUGAUGCAGAGCAAGAGAGAAUCAGGACUGAAAUCGAUGGCUUGCAGACUAAACUUGCUGCCGUCCGGGCAAAAAUAUCUUCGACAAAUAAGUCGGAUACUGGAAACGACAAACGGGCAGCUCUUAAGGCUGAACUGGAUAGCAUACGCGGUCAACAGUCAUCUAAUAAGUUAAACCGAGGCAAGACACACGAGCAGCUCAAAACGAUUCAAGAUGGUAUUCAGAAAAAGGUUCGGCUGGUAUCGACCCGCAUUCACUAUUUCCUGACGAAAUGUGCCAUGCAGAUAAAGGACCUGCAAGCUGCUCGUGGCAAAACACCAUUCAAAACCACAGCAGAUGUCGACGCUCAUAUCAGCCACCUGGAAACGCAAGUGGAGUCUGGUAGUAUGAAAGUUGUGGAUGAAAAGCGUGCCCUUCAGGAGAUCAGCCAGACUCGUCGGACGCGUAGAAUGGUCGAAAAGUUCCAGGCAGACCAAGAGUCGAUUGAAGCUGACCGUCAAGAAGCCGACCGACUGAAGAAGCUGCUUGAUGACCCGGAGUCCAAGGAAAUAUCUGAGCGUUAUGAUACCAUCAAGGCUGAACUGGAUGAACUCAAAAAGGAAUCUGACGAGGCGUAUGCAGGCCGAAACAAGCUUUUCGAAGAACGAGACAGUAUUCAAGCACAACUAAACGCUCUCUUCAAUGAGAAGCGUGAGGCAGCACAUCGUUUCCGCGAGGCGAAUGACCGGUAUUGGACCAAGGUGAACGAGGACCGCGCUCGACGUCUUGAGAAAGCUCGUGCUCAACGUGAUGCAGAAGAAGCACAGAGGAAAUUGGCAAUCGCCGACGGUCUGCGUGAAGAAGCGUCAAUGCCUGCAUUCCAAACGCAGAUUGAAGACUGCCAGACUCUCAUUGACUUUUUCUCUGGGAAGUCCUCUGGCAAUGUAGUGUCGUCAUCCUCAUCUGUACCAACCAAAUCCGAUGUUUCUGGUGUUCCGCAGUUGGAGAUUCGACAGGUGGAUGCAGUUGGGGAGACCAUGGUGGCACUGAAAAAGAAAGAUGAAGAAUCGUAUUUCGUUGGGAAAGGGAAGAAAGGAAGGAAAACCCCCAAAGCCACCUCUCCAGCUGAUACCAGCGCCAUUCAUCUACCUUACGGCCAAUUAUCCGCUCUGCUUUCGCUAUCUAUACCGCCUCCGACGGACCAGGCUGAUGUUCCUCGCGUUAUUGAGGACCUGAAGACAAAGAAAGCCUGGUUUGAGGCUAACCAAGCUCGUCAAACAGCGGAAAACGUAGCUAAAGCCGAGGCGGAGAUCCGACGUCUGACGAAUGGCGCCAAGCCUAAUGGCAAGCGGAGCGUGACCGUAUCCCCACCGAACGGCGGUAGCGAGCCUCUAGAACCUGCUCUCACUCCUUCGGGUAGCGCAACUCCACGGAUUGAUGAUGAGGUCGAGGAGAAGCUUGAGGAGGUUCAGGUUAAUGACGCUGAGGAGAACUAGGCACAGACUGAAUCGGAGCAUCUUUUAUACCUCACACUUAUACUACCAGAUCGCCUCUACUUAUAUCUGCAAAUUAUGUCCGGAGCGGGAAGGAAUCAGUAUUAUUCAACAGAAUGAAGACCUAUACAAUAAAAGUACGAGAAGAGGAAGAGACGGAGCAAAAGUGGCAAUACAGAUAGGACACUGACAAGGUAUGAAUAAAUGACGGAACAGAACAUAUACAAUCACUGGAGAUACUAUCUUUGACCGAGUGGUAUAAUUUUCAAUCGAGCUUCGGGGACUAAGGCCCAGCCUCCGUCUUGACGGACUCAGUCUCGCGAUCUUGCUCGCCAUUAGUACCUGAAGAGGUAUUCAUGCCCAAAUCUUGCGUCGCAAAUGACGCAACGUCGAACGAGUUCCCGGGUGCAU